AUCCACCAGUUGUGUUGCAGCGUUGGAAACGCGUUCUGUGGUCAUCUUAAAAAUGUUGUUCAGUUUAAAACGCACAGUGCUGACGGCUCUCUGUCUUUUAUGUAUCUGCAUUGCCGUAAAUGGCGCGAAAGCGAAGAAACCCAAGAUGAAGAAAACAGCAAAAGGAAUACAGUGCUACAACUGUAUGUCUUUCGAUCAUCCGGGCUGCUGGGACCCCGAUCAUCCGGACUACGCCAAUAUAACAAUACCAAAUAUCGAUUGCUACAUCCCAGGAAUGGACUUUAUUUGCAUCGUGGUCACUGCGGAGUCGGCUAAGCUGGUGGAAACCGGCCAAGAGAUCGGUCCAGUGCGCGCUCGCACGUGUGUCCCAGCCAAGGACUUCCCCAAGAAGACCGUGUCCUAUUCGAUGUGCGGCAAACUGAGCAAGGAGCUUUAUACGUCGGAGAUUUUCUCGAAGAUAGCUGUCACUAGGCCACAAUGCACGUUAUGUCGGUCACAUUUGUGUUCUGACGCUGAGAAAUGCUAAACCAAAGUUAGGCAAAAACUGUGACCCUUUUUAGUGUCACGUGGAUUAGCUUGUGCACGCGGGAUUAGACCAGCAGAAAGUAUUGUCGCAUCUAUAUUUUGACAGUUUUUAUUGAAAUUUUGGUGCGUAUUAGCAAAUCCGAAUGAGCCUAAAAAUAAGAUAAAAGAUGAUCAAAAAUACUUGUAAAAUGUGGUUAUUAAAAUUUAUUUCUGUUUCUGGAAUUGAUUGAAGCAAUGUAAAUGCAAAUCGUGUAGAAGCUUUUAGUAUGGAAAAAUAA